AAACACCUCCAAAUCUCGAUCUCCCCCCUCUCCUUCGAUCUCUCCGUCGCUAAUCGACCACCAAAACCACCCCCCGCCGCUCCGAGUCCUCGUCGCCAGGUCGCCAUCUCUGGCGAACAGCCUUCGCCGUCGCCUCUUCCUUCUCCUCCAUACGCGCCGCCAGCGCCUACCCCAAGUGAGCCCAGCCGCUGCUCCGAUGCCCAGCCCCCUCCCUUCUCGUCCUUCAUCGACGAACAGCGCCACCAGUGGCACCGCCAUAGACGGAGACGUCCAGACAAGCCUCCACGCCCCCGCUCCAUCCUCCGUCCUCCAGUCUCCUUCUUUCUCCCCUCUAGAGAACGUCCAACAGCUGCGACACAGCCUUGACUCCUCUCCCCACAGCGAUACCUCCAGCAAACCCCUUCGGCGUUCCAACCUGCAACACUUCCUCAUCGAAAAUGACGGAUUCUGAGAGAAUCCGUCUUCAGGUUUGAUCCCCUGUUCGAAAUAUGUGUGUGAACUUUAGUACUAUUUCUUCAUCUGUGUUUCUCAUAGAAAGAUUCUUCGAAUCGAGUGUGGCCACGUUUGAUUUUUGCUGAAUAAAUGUGUUGAUUUUAAGUCUAUGAUUUUUAUUCAACCCUAUUUGCAUGUCCUGCUUGAUUGAAAUUUCGUGAUGCUUAACUUGAAUGGUGAGUCAAUUUUUUCGUCUCUCUCUGGUAUGUGCAAACACGCCUAAGUUCUUGCAACUUCACAUAUUUUAUGCCUCUUAGUCAAUAUGGGUAAGAAAAUCCCAACUUCUUUUGUGACUUGGUUUUAACUUUCUGACAAGAUACUCAUUACUAAUCGUUGUAGAUUGUUGCUUGCUAAUAUUGACUAUUUUUUUGGCAUGUUUUAUGAUUUUGUAAUCGCCUUAUUAUAAUUGUGGUACUACUAUCGUGUUAAACGAUUGAUUAUUUUCCUUUGUGAUGGGUUUUAAAAUUCUUCACUGUGCCUACUUGAGAAUUUACAGUUGAUUGAUUUAUAUACUAUCUUUAAUUGAGAGACGUGGCUGAUUACUUUAACAAUGGUUUAUGGUAAGUAAUUAAUUUUGAUUGAGUCUUGUGUCAAUUUUCUUCUAAAAAUUAAGUACUAUUAAUUAUCGUUUGCCUUGAUUAUGUGAUCACUAUAUGGCAGUUCUUCUUUUCUUUGGUAAAUAAAUAAUUUGUAUGACUGAUUUGCUUAACCGAUCUUUCCUUUGUUGGAUUUGACUGAAUUUUGUGUGAUUUUAUAUUUUCCUUAAUUAGCAUAUAAUCUGAAAAGGAAAUUUGGUUGACGUCAGACAUCCCCUCACACGUUAAUUAUGGUAAAUUUAGAUACCUCUUCUUGAUUACAUUUAAUAAGUAGGAAGGAUCUCUUUUUAUUUUUUCUAUUCAUGGAAAUUUCAAAUGUUAUGCAUACCCUUAUAUAUUUAUUUAUGGCAACUAUAGUAUGAUUGGUGGAAUGGAUUGAUUUACCCCCAUCCAUUUAAGGGAACAAUCCCCUUAAUUGAUUCAUUAUAUGUUAUUCUUCCUUCAUUAAAUAUUACUCUUCCUUCAUUAUUUGGGAUUGUGGACGGCCCUCCUCACUAUAUAAACUCACCAUUCUCUUUCUCUAAGAGGACAGACUUCUCAUCUGCUAUUAAUCCCUCUAUUUUCUCUUAAAAGUACUUUGAAGUUCUUUGGCACUUUGGAUUUCAAAAAACAUUCGAUCUUGUCCUUGCUGCAAUUGCUUUGGGUUCUAUUAUUAUUGUUUGGUGCCUAAUCGGUUAGUCUCUAUCGACGCAUUCUUUUCUUAUUCUGUAGCAUUUGUGAUA